UCACGACUACUUGUUGUGAAGUCAUUGAGAGUAGCCCCGCGUGGAAAGUUUGCAAUUCUUGAAAACAAUUCCCCAGUAGCUUCAAUGUUGUAACCUUUAAGAUUUAACACUACAGUUUUCUGAUCGUACAGCCGAGAGUAAUGUACAGUCGUAAUCUUCUAGGUCUGGGAGGCCUCCGUGUCUGUCUUGAAAAUCGUAUCUUGAGACGCCAUGGAGUUCGGGUGUACUUGCAUUUGCAGGCUGCAGCUUCGCAGUAGUUUUGCACGAAGAGUGUCUACGGUAUCACACCUUGCUGCAGCUUUCAACACCAAACCCCAGCGAAAGUUGAACUUGAGUCUGCGACGCAGCGAUUCUGGUCUCUUUCUCAUCCCAGAGCUGCAGGAUUAUUCAGGCUUCUACAUCUUGCAGCAGAAAACUAAUGAUGAUGUUGAAAGUCUGGUGAAGGAAGCCACAUCUUCACAACGGACACGUAACAUGGUGGCCAUCUUUGAUCAACUAUCUGACUCUUUGUGCCGAGUUGCAGACAUGGCAGAUUUUGUGCGUGUGGCACACCCAGAACAUAAGUUCAGUGAAGCUGCAGAGGAUACAUGUGUAAAGUUAUCCAGUUUGGUAGAGAGGCUCAACACAAACACUUCCAUCCACAAUGCUAAAGAAUGUCUAGAGAAUGGGGACAUUCUUCCAAUGGAUGGCAUAGACCGCCGUGUAGCAGAGCUGUUCAUGUUUGACUUUGAACAGAGCGGUAUCCAUUUAGAGGAAAGCAAGCGUCAAAGGUUUGUAGAACUGAAUGAAAGCAUUCUAAUGCUGGGGAGCUACUUCCAGCAAGGAACUCAAAAGGCCACUUCAGUGUCAAAGUCACAGUUGCCAGAAGGACUCAGACAUGUAUUUGGGAUAGAUGGAGACAACGUGAUGGUUGCUGGCCUGUUUUCAGACCACUUCAGUGACUUGGUGCGCGAGGUGGCUUACAAGGUUUUCUUGCACCCUGAUUCACAUCAGGAACAGCUUCUCACAGCCCUUCUCUCAGCACGGCACCAACUUGCACAUCUAGUUGGAUUUGAUACUUAUGCUCACCGUGCCAACCGUGGCACAAUGAUGGAGUCACCAGAGAUGGUGAUGUCAUUUUUGAACCUUUUAUCAGAAAGGUUAAAACCAAGGGUUGAAGUAGAGAUGGCUGAGAUGCUUCGCUUGAAGAAGGAGCAGGGUGGAUCUACUCAGAGAGUACUUGCUUGGGACCCUCCCUACUACUCAGCACUUGGGAGACAGAAAAAAUGCAUCGUGGCUGCCUCAGAUAUUGCCCCAUAUUUAUCACUGGGCUGUGUCAUGUCAGGUUUGGACAACCUUUUUUCUUCCCUGUGGGAUGUGAAGUUGCAGACACAGGAGAUGGUACCUGGGGAGUCUUGGCACUUUGAUGUUCAUAAACUGGCAGUAGUUCACAAGACAGAGGGAAUACUAGGCUACAUCUACUGUGAUUUUUUUGAACGUCCUGGAAAAACAAAUCAGGACUGUCAUUUCACCAUUCAGGGUGGACGUUUACGAGAAGAUGGGCAGUAUCAGCUUCCAAUAGUGGUACUGCAGUUAAACCUGCCUUAUCCCCAGGGUAAUACACCAACCUUGCUUACACCUGGAAUGAUGGAGAACCUCUUCCAUGAAUUUGGCCAUGCCAUGCACUCUAUGCUUGGUCGAACCAAAUAUCAGCAUAUCACUGGAACACGUUGCCCUACUGACUUUGCUGAAGUUCCAUCGGUUCUUAUGGAGUUUUUUGCCAGUGACCCCAGGGUCAUUUCAUCAUUUGCCCAGCAUUACAAAACGGGCGAACCACUUAAUGAGACAGUUAUAAAAGAUAUGUGUGCUGCCAAACGCUUGUUUCAGGCCUGUGAUCUGCAGCAGCAGACCUUUUACUCUGCUUUGGACCAGGUUUAUCAUGGGCCUCAUCCACUUUCAGGUCCUUCUACAACAGCAGUUCUUGCAGAUGUGCAAGCCCGCUACUCCAGUGUGCCUUUUGUCCCAAAUACGGCCUGGCAACUGCGCUUUGGUCACCUAGUUGGCUAUGGUGCACGGUAUUAUGCCUACUUGAUCAGCCGAGCUGUAGCAGCAAAGCUUUGGCACUCUUGCUUUCAAAAUGACCCAUUUGACAAAACAAUGGGAACUCGUUAUCGUGAAGAGAUGCUUCAACAUGGAGGUGGCAGGCACCCCAGAGAGCUUGUCCAAGGCAUGCUGGGCCACACACCUACAGUGGAGAACUUAGUGGACUCUCUCAUAUAUGAUCUGGACAUCAACUCUCAGUUCUUGUACUCUUGAUAAAAAUAUCUGCAUCUUUGUCUUCUAUCCACCUGUCACAAGAACAUGGGAAAUUUAGCCAGCAGCACACAAGUUGCUAGUUGAGGUGCAUGGCAGAGAACGUCUCUUGGACCAGUGCAAUACUCAGACUUUGUGGCCUUCAGGUCAUUUUUCCUGUUUUAAACCCACCCAAGAUACCUACUGGUUGAGUGUCAUACAAAGAUGUUUGUAUUUUACUGGGUAUGUAGAUUGAAGGACAAUGCAUCUGUGUAUUUAACAGAAUGUUGAAUCACUGCAUAAAUACAUUUAAUCAGGA